CUGUUUUAUUUUUAGGAUUACAGAGCUCAGUUUUAUUUUCGACAAUCUUGGAAUGAUUCACGACUACAGUUCUCAGACCAAGAUUUAAGUUUCAUAAAUAUGAGAGAUGUGGAAAAAAUCUGGAAACCUGAUUUAUUUUUUGUUGAAGAAAAAGAGGGCAUAAUGCAUAACGUAGUUAGUCCAAACGUAUUUGUUCGUAUAAAACCGAAUGGUGAAGUUCUGUGCAGUGUAAGAUUAAGCAUCACAUUUAGCUGUCCGAUGGAUUUCAGAAAAUACCCUCACGAUACUCAGAAGUGUACAUUUAACAUUGAAAGUUAUGGAUACCAAAGAAGUCAUAUUGAGCUUGACUGGGAUAGUAGAAAGCCUGAUUUCAUGUCAGUAAGCAAAAAUAUUGGCCUUCAAGAUUUUGAUUUAAUAGAUGUCAAACCAGGCGCAAAACGAGAAGUCUAUUUAUCUGGUGAAUACUCCUCUCUUCAGGUGAAUCUAACCUUCCAGCGAAAAUUAGGUUUUUUUGUAACAAGACUGUACAUUCCUUUUAUCAUCUUGGUUCUUCUGGCCUGGCUGUCUUUCUGGAUAAAACCUAAAGCGAUGACCAUGAGAUUAACACUCCUGCUUGUCAUCCUUUAUUUUAUGGUAACACUUGGUUCUGAAGUGAAUGAUUAUAUCCCACCUGCUCCUUAUACGAAAGGCAGUGACGUUUGGAUAGCAGUAUGUGAAUCUCUUGUGUUUGCAGCUUUCUUGGAGUUGAUAGCAGUCAGCCUAAUCUCACAAAAAGAAGAGAAGUCUGCAGAAAGGAAAUUCGUGAAAGAUCCUGAAAUAUCUCCUGAGCUUAACUUAAAAGCAAAAAAAGCUGCAGGAAAUACAGAUGAUGUGAAUUCUGUUGUUAAUUUUUUGACUAACCGAUUGACUAAUGAAGCCAAACUAUCCAUCCGCAUUGACAAGAUUUGCAGAAUUUUAUAUCCAGUUUGCUUUUUGUUUUUCAACAUUGCUUAUUGGUCUGUGCAUUGUAAUUGAGCAUAAAAAUUUCUAUUUAUCAGUGUUUUGGAAAACAUAUCACAUUGGAUAUAAUGCAGUUAACUGUAUAAAAUGUUUCUUCUUUUUUUAUAACAUGCAUUUUUUAUGUUUUUCUAUUGUGUGACUUCGUGAAGUUCAAAAAAUAAAAAAUAAAAUUAGUUUGCUGUUU